UUGUAUCUCCCCUCUUGUUCCAUAAAUACCUUCCACUCUGUUGAAUGGAGGUUAUUUUAGAUGGUACAUAUGGCUUUAGGACUUGAGUGCUGCCCGUCUGCAGUUGAGUAACACUCUCCAGAAACCAGUGGCUUUAAAAUAGUUGAGUUUUUAGAGUGGUCAUGUCUGAGCACAGUGAUCAGGAAUCAUACAUGGAGGAGAUCAAUGAGGAUGAGAUUCUGGCAGGCCUGUCAGCAGAGGAGCUCAAACAGCUCCAGUGUGAGAUGGAUGAAAUCGCUUCUGACGAAAGAGUUCCGGUGGGAAUGAGACAGAGAGACACUUCUCAUCAGAAGACAGUCCAAGAUUCCAGUGAGCCACAGUCAGAAGAGGAGAUUGAUGAGGAUGUGAUUCUGGCAGGCCUGUCCGCAGACGAGCUCAAGCAGCUCCAGAGUGAAAUGGAAGAGAUUGCGCCUGAUGAGAGACUUCCGGUGGGAAUGAGACAGAGAGACCAAACUGAGAAACCUCCCACUGGAACAUUUGAUCAUAGAUCGCUGGUGGAAUAUCUGUACUGGGAGAAAGAGUCUAAUCGUAUGCUGGACGAGGAAAGAGUUCCCACAACUCUAUUACCAAGCCAGAAAAUGCAAGACGAACUUGCAGUGAAAGUAGAAGAUAAAGUUAAAGAGGUGGAAUAUGUCUUUGAGGAGAUUGUGGAGGAGGUUGAAGGAGGUGAGGGAGAUGUUGUUGUUGAUGAAGUUAUUGAAGAAGUGAUCAUGGAGGUCGAAGAAGAGGACAAAGGAAAAUGUGAACAGCAUGCGAAGACAGGGUUUGAGGUAGACAGCUCCAAAGUGACCUCAGAAGAUGUCUUAAAGCAGCCUCAAGAAUUUUCAGAUUCAAAAGGUGAAGCAAAGGUUGACCAAUCAGAAUGUACUGAGACUGAAUCUAUAACAAAUGAGGAAAAGAAAGCAGAUUUCAUCCAGUCUGAGCCUGCUUCCUCGCCAUAUGAGAACUGGGUUCCUGAAAAAGAGGAGAGGGUCAUAUCCAAGCUAAAGAUCCCAAAACUAUCCCUAGGUGGAAGCGGUCUCAUUAAAAAAACAGCAAGACCCUCUGGGAAUGAAACCAAUUUGGAGACCACUUUGGAUAAGAUCCGCAACAACAACCCCUCUGUCACCGAUGUCAACCUUAACAACAUUGAAAACAUUCCCAAAGAAAUGCUACACGAUUACGUCAACGCACUUAAGAAGAACAGGCACGUUAAGACCUUUAGCAUUGCAAACACCGGUGCAGAUGAAAAUGUGGCAUUCGCCCUUGCUAACAUGCUCAGAGAAAACAGAAGCAUCACCACAUUGAACAUCGAAUCCAAUUUCAUCACAGGGAAAGGCAUCGUCGCAAUAAUACGUUGCCUCCAGUUCAACGAGACUCUUACAGAGCUCCGCUUCCACAACCAAAGGCACAUGCUCGGUCACCACGCUGAGAUGGAGGUGUCACGUCUCCUCAAGGCAAACAACACUCUCCUGAAAAUGGGCUACCACUUUGAGCUCCCAGGUCCUCGAAUGGUGGUCACCAAUCUCAUCACCAGGAACUUAGACCGUCAACGGCAGCAGAGAAAGGAGGAGCAGAAGCUUCAGCAAGUGAAAGAGCAAAGAAAGGUCAUGGAGAUUUACCAGAAAUAUCUGAACUUGCCUCCAGGUAUGCUGGAAAUGUUAGGAGGUUAUAUUCCAAUGGCCCUGCUGCAAGGUUCUCAGGAGGUGGAUCUGGAGCUUUCUGAAUGUUCUCCAGAAACUUCACCACAGCCAAGUCCUCCUCAACAGCUCCGCAAGACACAGCAUCCUACACCACAACAGCGUCCUCCCAGCUCAGACACAGGAAACCUUUUGAAGGAAGUGCAACUGAGAAAGACUCCAAAACGAAGGGACCCAUUCCUUGAAUUGAACUUCAGGGAUGAGAAUAAAGAAGGAAGGGCUAAUGUUCAGCUGAGGAAUGUUCCUAGACAAAGAAGCACACAAAGUGAAGGACCUGUAGAUGAGAGAGCCAAACUUAAAGACAUGAUAAAGACUCUAAAGCCAGUUCCUCAGAGGCGACAGCCACCUAAAGUUGAGCUAACACCUCGGGAUAAUUUGCUCAGUGAGAUUCGACAGAGCAAUGUGGCCUAUCUCAAAGCGGUACCUUUACCAAAAAUCCUGGAGUCAAGUGAAACGAGUCUCUUUUGAACCACAGAAAUUAAAGACUUCAGAGAAAGACUGCACAGAGGGGCAGGUCAGAAAUUACACAGAUCAUGAGAUAGUCUGAGAAAUGUGGUCAAACCAUUCCAUGGUGCUUCAAAACACAUGGAGUGACAGGUGAUUGUGCUCCCUUUGGGUUUCUUAUCACCUCUAUCAUAGAAUGAAACACAACAAGCAAGCUUUUGCAUAAGAACAAGUAAAAAUGUUUUGGCCAAUUUGAUGGUGUCCCGAACUGUAUAAUUUAACAUGCACAUCAGAUAGUGAUAUUUACAUUAACUACUUUACAAGAUUUUGUGAAUAUUAAAGUAGCAGGGGACACAGAGUGUACAUGGUAAAUGUAUCUUUUGUUUGUCUAGGUGUGUAUAUUUAUAGUUUUAAUAAACCUAACUAGAAACUUAAUAUUUUUUUCUCUAUUACUAUAAUAAUGAUAUAAUGCAUGCAGUAGCCUUAUUUCCCUAUAAUCCUUAUUUUGAUUAAAAAAAAAAUUAAUGAAUAAAUGUUACAUUUAUAUAGCACUUUUUCAGACACUACACUCAAAGCACUUUACACAGUGAACAGGGGGACUCUCCUCAACCACCACCAGUGUGCAGCAUCCACCUGGAUGAUGUGACAGCAGUCAUAGUGUGCCAUUACUCUCACCACACCAGCUAUUGGUGGAGAGGAGAGAGUAGGGAUACAGAUGGGAUGGGAUUUUUAAUGACCACAGAGAGUCAGGACCUCAGUUUAAUAUCUUAUCCAAAGAUGGUGCCUUCAUACAGUAUAGUGUGCCCUGAGGAAUUAGGUGAGCACCCCCUGCUGGACUCCCUAAUCCCUCUUCCAGCAGCAACCUUAGUUUUUCCCCAAGAGGUCAUCCAUCCAGGUACUGGCCAGGUUCAACCCUGCUUAGCUUCAGUGGGCAACCAGUCUUGAGCUACAGGGUGAUAUGGCUGCAGUGGAAUUAAAACAGUGCUGUUUUUAUCAAGAUUCACGUUAGAUCAUAAUUUCUUUUUUUUGUAUGAUCUUUGAUAUCAGGGGAAAAAAUUGUAUUCUUGAUAAUAAUUUUUGUAUUGUUUUCCUGUAAAAAUAUCUAAAAAUCCUUAAAACAAGACCAAUUUGAUUUAUCU